UGCCCAACAACUAGUUUCUUUGUUGUCUUUCCUCUCAAUAUUUUACAAUAUGUUCAAACCCACACCACUUACUACUAGAUGCUGUUUUAUUUUCUGUUUUUCCAUCAUUCUAGUUGUUGUGGCUCAUGGAAAAAGGAGAACACAAUCAAACCUCCAAUGUGAUUUGUUUAAAGGAAGUUGGAUCAUGGAUAGAUCCAACCCGGUGUAUAAUGGAUCUGAAUGCCCAUUUGUUGACCCGGGAUUAAACUGUCAAAAGAAUGGCAGAACUGAUCAAAUGUAUCUCCACUUUAGAUGGCAACCUCAUGGUUGUGCACUUGCCAGGUUCAAUGGAAUCAAGUUUCUGCGGCGAAACAGGGGCAAGAAAAUCAUGUUCGUUGGAGAUUCAUUGAGUUCAAACCAAUGGCAGUCACUAGCGUGCAUGCUUCAUCGCACCGUUCCUCCAUCCAAGCACACCUUUGAGCGACGAGGACCACUCUCAACGCUUUCAUUCCCGGAAUAUGGAGUUUCAGUUGUGUACCUGAAAAACGGGUUUCUUGUUGACCUGGUGGUGGAGAAAAGAGGCCGGGUUCUGAAACUGGAUUCAAUCAGCAGGUUCGGUAAAUGGGAAGGAGCAGACAUUCUCAUCUUCAACAGCUAUCACUGGUGGACUCACAAUGGAAUCAAACAAACAUGGGACUAUUUUCAAGUUGGUGAAGAUAUAUAUAGAGAAAUGGAGCGAAUGGACGCUUAUAAGAUUGCAUUAACAACAUGGGCUAAAUGGGUUGACACCUACAUAGAUCCUCAGAAGACCCGAGUCUUUUUCCAAGGGAUUUCGGCUGUUCAUGAGAGAGGCAAGGAUUGGAAUGAACCUAAUGUCCGGAACUGCAAUGGGCAAACUCUGCCUACUCGAGGGCUACAUUAUCCAGGAAAAAGAUAUCCAGGGCAAGAAGUGGUAAAGGAUGUAUUAACACAAAUGAAACAUCCCGCUUAUCUGUUGGAUAUAACACUUCUUACCCAGUUAAGGAAAGAUGCUCACCCGUCCAAGUAUGGUGACGGAGGCAUGGACUGCAGCCACUGGUGUCUUGCCGGGGUUCCAGAUACAUGGAACCAGAUUUUGUACAACAUCUUGCUUAGGAAUUAGAUUUUUUGUACAAAAUUUUUCAUCCCUCAAGAAUCUUGGAAUUGCUAAAUAGAGGAAUAUGCUCAUACUAUUCUUGUACAAUUUAAAGUACAACAUGAAAUGAUAAUUCAGAAAACGGCGUUCUAGCUA